AAAAGCAGCACCGUGGAGUCGUUGAAAGUUGAAGAGUAAGAGGUGUGAUAUUUAUCCACAAACAUUGAGCUGCUCGUUUUUUAUUUUUAUUUUUUUUUUGGGACUUUUUCUCAUUUUGCGCUUUUGUUCAACGACAACAACAACAACGCGUCAUCGGAAGCUGGCCGUCUGUCCCGUCCCUGCUGUGUGUCGGGGUUUAUCCUCCGGAGGAGCCGAGCGGCAGCGCGGGGCAGCGCAGCGCACAGGGCGGAGUAUGAGUCCACCUGGACUGCGACAUCGUUUCGUGAACUCCAACCCCAAAUCAUGCUCACCUAGUGCAGGAUAACGAGUCAGCGUUGAGCGUCCUGCCUGUUCUGGAGCGCAGAGCGGCUCGUCCAGCCCGGCUGCCUCUUAUGGCGGGACUGUCGUACUUGGUGCUGCGGUGCUCGGGCUCCGCUGGCCGGACCUACGGGCUGUUCUCUAAGGGACUGACGAGGACCCUGCUCAUAUUUUUCGAUCUCGCAUGGAGACUCCGAAUCCGAUUCCCGUAUCUCUACCUCAUCGCCUCCAUGAUGUUUAACGUGCGCUUGCAGGUUCAUAUUGAGAUACAUUAAUGUUCAUCCAUGAACUUCCGUCAGCUGAAGGCUCAACCUCCUGAGACGGAAUUGCCAUUGACCGCAGCUUCAGAAGUCAUCCGAGGUGAAAGGAUUAUGCAAUACUGGGAGAAAUAUGGACACAAAUCGGAAGACAGGGCUGCCGUCUCAGCCGCUGUGUACUCGAGCAGGCCCGUAUUCAGAAAAGGCCUUAGUCACUCCAGUCAGGACGAGAGCCCUGUGGGAACAUACAGCUAGGCAUCUCUCACAGUGUCCCACUGCUGCUUGCUGUGACUUUGCCAGCCUUUAGUGGACCAUGCAUAUUAGCCAAAGGUGAUGGAAGGGAUUUUCAGGGUGUUUUUAAAAAUCCUGUUUGCCUCAAGUCAUUUGGAAGCGCUGCUUAUUUGUAACUGCAGCAGUGACCACCUAGAGCCUUGAUAUUUAUAGAAUUUAUACCGUUUUAAAGGGAGGGGGUUCUUAGGCAUUUUUAAGAGCAUCUGUACCGCAUUGAGAGGUUUGUCAGUGUUGAGAUAUGACACAUUUACGCUAUAUGGCCAAAAGUAUGUGGACGCCUAGUUAUUGAGCUCAGAUGUUCCAGCCAACCUAUUGAUAACCGGUGGAAAAUAUCAAGCACUUGCAGUCUCCAUAGACAAACAUGAGCAGUAGAAUGGGGAACGAAAGCAUCUAGAAGCAGCAACAGCUCAGCCACGAAACAGACCACGUAAACUCACAGAGUGGGGCUGUUGAGUGUUGAACCAUGUAGUGUCCAAAAAUCUUCUGUUGUAUCACUCACUAUCACUCAGCCUCCAGUCCAACAUCACUGGCUGACUUCACAAAUCUACACACACUCCAAAAUCCUGGGGGAAGUCUUCCCACAAGAUUGGAGGAGCGAAGUGGGGGUCAGCUCAAUAUUACUGCCCGUGGUUUUGGUCAGUGUAGUGGGUAGUGGGUGUAGUAACACCUCUGCCUUCUAGGCUGUAGACUGGGGUUCAGUCCCUGGCUACACUGUACCAAUAACAGUCCUUGGGCAAGACUCCUAACCCCACCUUCACCCACCUGUGUAAAACGAUCAAAUCGUAAGUUGCUCUGGAUAAGAGCGUCAGUCAGAUGCCGUACAUGUAAAUGUGAAACGAAUGGGAUGUUCAACCAAAUCCUAACGGUGUUAUGGUCACGUGUCCAUAUACUUUUGGCCAUAUAGUAUACGUGUUCAGUGGUCAAAGAUCAAGGGAGUUUUAUCGUUUUUGAUCAUGUAGCAGUCGAUUGAUCUCAUACGUCUCCCCUUACGGAACCUGUCAUGGGACGUGGUUUCUUUUAUUUAUUUCGUGACUCGGCGUCCUAUGAAAAUGCAUGUGUGAGAUGACAUGGGUGGGAUUUCUUUUUCAUCGCACCUGGUCUUUCACCUGGGGAUUUAUGAAGUAGCAGCUUUUUGCCUGCAUUGAAAUAGCCUAAAGCUUAUAAAGUGUAAACUGCGUAUGGUUAUUAAAGGAUGUUACCGCGUUGUAGAACUGGCACACAAACAUUGUUCACACAGGUUUAGCCAGUUUGGCGAAAGUCUAGUGGGUGGCGUGACACCAGAAAUCACGAUCACCUCAUGGUCAUGAUGGGAGAGAGCGCUGUCGUAAUGUUUAUUUAAUUUAUUUGUUUAAAGAGUUCCUCUAAACAGAAAUUCUACCAUGUUGUCUCUGGCUACGUCUCAAAUGGCUCCUAACUGGACAUUUAGAGCACCACUGUUUCAUACCCUAUCUAGUGCACUAGAUAGGGAGUAGGGAGCCAUUUGAGAUUCAGGACUACUUCUCUUUAAAUUUAAUCUCCUCUGCAUAAAUCACCUAAUAUACAGCAGCACAGGUUCAAAGCUGAAGUGAUUUCUGUAUGAUUGAUUUUAAGUAUGGUAGUUGUUUUUGUCAGUAAUGAACGUGCAUUAUUUUAAAUGUAAUUUUGUUUGAAUAAGGAAGAUAAGUAAUGUAAUUUAAUUUGAACUUCGAGACAAUAAAUUAUUGUUUCUUAACUUUAAA